AUGAUGCCACCUAGAUCUUCUAGAACUUUGAAGAUCAUAAUCAUUUCUUCAGUUGUCAUUGGAGGAGUAAUCAAUCUGUUGUUUUUCUUUCAUAACUCCAAUAACUGUCCACUGCCUGGCAUUCUGCCAUACCAGUACUCAGAGAUAUACAACAGUACCAGUCAUGAGUUGCCUGACAAGCCCAUUCUGCUGCUCUGGUUUUGGCCUGAAAACUAUAGAUUCAGUCUGAGUGACUGCAAGAGCUUGUUGGGUAUCGACGGCUGCUUUUUGACAGAUGACAGGUCUCUAUAUAGCGAGGCACACGCCGUGCUUGUUUUCCACAAGGCUAUUAAAAGUGAUCUGUCCAACCUGCCUCAAUCUCCUCGGCCCCAUUUUCAAAGAUGGAUUUGGUUCCACGUUGAAUCGCCAACAAAUACAGUACAGAUAGACGGCCUGGAGAACCUCUUUAACCUGACACUUAAUUACAGGCAGGACGCCGAUAUUGUUGUUCAUCACCACCUGAAAAUUAGAAAAGAUUCUUUAGAAGAAACUGUCAUUCCUAAGAAGGACAAGUUAGUUUGUGUGAUUGUGAGCAACAGCAACCCAGAAACCGGCACAGAUGUCAGGAACCGCUAUUUCCAUGAGCUUAAGAAUCAUAUUACGGUGCAUGUGUUCGGAACCGCCUUUGGAAGGUUUUUGGAUGUUUCUGAAUACUACCCCACCAUAGCCAGCUGCAAGUUCUACCUGGCUUUUGAAAACUCCAUUUACUGGGACUACAUUACAGAGAAGUUAAACGGACCUCUAGUGGUGGGUACUGUUCCUGUAGUGUUAGGACCCCCAAGAGAAAACUAUGAAAACUACAUUCCAGGCAGCGCGUUCAUUCACGUGAAUGACUUUCCCAGUGCAAAAGAGCUGGCUGAAUAUCUGCUUCAGCUCGACAGCGAUGACGACCUUUAUCUCAGCUACUUUGAAUGGAGGAAACACUUUUAUGCGGAGCCUCAUCUGAUAAUGAGGAAUCAGGAGUUUAUAAAGCCCAUUUGCACUGCAUGUGAAUAUAUACAUUUGCAUAAGGAGUAUAAAAUGACCAAAGAUAUCUAUAAAUGGUAUUUUUCCAUAAACAAUGACUCGAAUAUGUAG